AUGGCGGAGCCCCAGCCCGGCCCCGAGCCCCAGCCGGGCGGCACCGGCCCCGUGGAGAUCCGGGUGGCCGCGGCCCCCGACGCCGAGCGCGCGGGGGACGAGGAGGAGGAGGACGACGACGAGGACGACGACGACGAGGAGGACCGGCGCCGCGGGCUCCUGAGCCUGGCCCCGCUCGGCGGCGGCAGCUGCAGCGAAGACGAUUCCGGCCGCUGCUCCGGCGGCUGGAAGUCGAGUGGUGGCGAGAAUGAUGGAGACGACUCGGACCGCAACUGGAAACCUCCAGAGCACGAACUGAUCCUGAAGCUGGUGGCCCAAAUUGAGUAUUACUUUUCAGAUGAAAACCUUGAAAAGGACGCCUUCCUCCUGAAACACGUCCGGAGGAACAAGAUGGGCUACGUCAGCGUUAAGCUGCUGACAUCUUUCAAAAAGGUUAAGCACUUAACCCGAGACUGGAGAACCACAGCGUAUGCUCUGAAAUAUUCCGAUACUCUGGAGCUGAAUGAUGACAGCCGAAAGGUGCGAAGAAACACCCCCGUUCCCGUAUUCCCUAGCGAGAGUCUCCCAAGCAAGAUGCUGCUUGUCUAUGACAUCUGCCUGACCUCAGAUCUCCGUUCUCUGGAUGAAGGGCAAGAGAACGGAUGUGUUCAAGAGAAGAUGAUGGAGCGCCUCCUUAAAGUUUUUGUUAGGUACGGUGUGAUUUCAUCGGUACGCAUCCUCAAACCUGGGCGGGAGCUGCCACCCGAUAUAAAAAAAUUCAGUAGCCGGUACAGCCAAGUUGGGACCAAAGAAUGUGCGAUCGUGGAAUUUGAGGAGGUCGAUGCUGCUAUAAGAGCUCAUGAGUCGAUGUGUAUUAAGGACCACGAAACCGCGAUGAAAGUGCUCCUCAUUGGAAUGAAGCCGCCCAAGAAGAAGGUUCUGAAGGACAAGAAUCGUGAUGAUGGGACUAGCAAGGGUCCCAACAAAAUUCGAUCCAUGAACAAGAGAGUGGAAGAACUGCAGUACGUCGGCGAUGAAUCUUCCGCCAACAGCUCCUCAGAGCCCGAGAGCAACCCGACCUCUCCCAUUUCAGGACGCAGAGGUUGUUCUUCCAACAGACUGAGCCCCUCCUCCUGCCAGAACAAUCACCUAAGCCCCAACGUGUCUCCGAGGUCAAGCCCUUGGAGCAGCCCCUCUUCCCUGCGGAAAGUAUCCAGGAUGUCCCCGCUUGCCGAAAAUGGCAGGCUUAGCCUCAGCACUAGUCCCGAGACGUCGUGGAGAUGUGCCGACUAUUCCUCAGACAGUAGCGUCACCCCUUCUAGCAGCCCGUGGGUUCAGAGGCGGCGUCAAGCGCAGACUCUGACGCAAGAGAAAAGCCCGCUUGGGAGUCCAGUGCAAAGCCCCAAAAUUCAGAGUGCGGUUGGGUUGCCCAUUGGAGUGUUGCGUUUUCCAAGGGGCCCCGAUGGCACCAAGGGGUUCCAUAACAGCCACGAGCGGAGCAAGCCCGCCAAGAACGAGUGAGCCGUGCUUUUGCUGGACACGUCGCAGCAUCUCUGACCAGUGAAUUACUCCAGUAUUGAAUUACUUCAAGAACUUGGACCAAGGCAGUAUUUUUAUUUUUAAAAGCUUUUGUAUCCAUGUAGCUUUAUACGUUUGCAUUUGCACUUAAUCUACGUUGUCUUUAUAUAUAUUUUUAUUGUUUUGAAAUCUCAGCAUGGAUGCAUUUUACUUUUCUUUUUUUUAAUACGCCAUGUAUAACUGAACAUUUUAUGGGGGGAAACGUUUUAAUUUCCAAAGCUCUGUUUGAAAAUGGCAAAGUGCAAAUAUAUUUAGUCAAUGCAAUUGUCUUGAGUUGUACCAAUUCUCCAAAUAGUAUGUUGAAGUCUCUUUCUUUUUUGUAAUGUUUUGAAAGGAACACACACACGUUUCUGAUGUUUUGCAAACAUCUCGUCUAGUGUGAAAGGAUACUUCCUUGGCAUACAAAAAUACAAAAAAGUGUAUUUUUGGUAGUCUAAAUAAAUAACUCAAUAACUUAA